GGUUCUAUCGCGAUGUUAUCAAUAGUAGUUCUCCUCCCAUACACUUUUUUUAUUCUCUGCAUUAAUUUUCUGAUAAUUCUAAUAGUUGGGUGUAACAUAUUACGAUUUGGAUGAUCUAGAUGGUUCUAUUGCGUUGUUUUCAACAUAAGUUCUGCCAUACAUUUUAUUGUAUUCUCUGUGGAAUUAUUCUGAUAAUUCUAAAAGUUGUGUGUUAUAUAUGCCUACUCUACAGAAAUAUUUUGACAAUUCUGUUAGUUGUGGGUUAUACAUGCCAAAUAGGUCUUUAAAAUGGUCAGGAAAGCAGGAGGCUUUGCCUUUGCCUUCAUCGGUUUUCAUCCGGCGGGCCGUUGAUCAGUUUCAUUUCGUUCCCAGUUAUUGUUUUAUUUCGUUCCUUAGGAGUACAGAGCUCCCCAAAGUAAAAUUUCGUAUUUUUCUACCCGAACCGGGUUUCAUUCCGUGUUUUGUCGUUCGCUUUUUUUCGUUGGUCGGUAGCCCGUAUUCGUGAAGAGAGUUCCAUCCGUAGACCGUGGGGAAGCGUCCUUCGUCUUUGGAGGUUUUGCUAAAAUUGUCCGUGAAUAGGUAGCCAGAAUGAGUAGCCACCAGUGCAGCCUGGGCAAGCUGGCCCAGAGGGGCGCCAGCCUGCGGAUCUCUCCGCUGACCACCACGAUGCGCAGCUUCUACCACACCCGCAGCCGGCCGUUCGUGGUCCAGAGCAUGGUCCAGCUGAACCAGUGGUCCAAGCCCGCCCAGCCACAGCCCGACAACUUCGAGCGCAGCGGGGUGCGCAAGAUCGUGGGGGUCAAGAAGACGCUGGUCAACCAGAUGCAGGGCAUGGCCCCCAGCCUGGGGCCCUCAAAGGUGGCGCCCUACAAGAUUUACGGCAAGUCGCGGCUCUUCUCCUCCUCGAGCAACCUGCACGGUCGCUCGCAGCACCAGGAGCAGGAGGAGGACGAGGAAGAGUACUCGGACCAGGAGGAGCUGCCGCCCCACUCCAAGGCCUCGUUGUCGGCCACGCAGCGGCGCUACAACCAGGCUUCGGGAUUCGGCAAGGGCAUGGCCUCGCAGGCGGCCAGGGACAUCAGCCAGUCCAUCCAGGAGGAGCUGAUGGUGGUGGACGCCGAGACGCGUGACAUGCUUAACUGCGAUCCGGGUCGCCAGGCGGUGCGCGACUACCGCGAGCAGAUGACCCAGAGGCCGAGAAAUCUCCCCGCUGACCCCAUGCAGGGCUGGAAGCAUCCGCGGCCCCUCAAGUACCUCUCCAAUCUGUCCGCCAGCGGCGCAGGCGAGAGCAGCAGCACCAGCAGUGGGUCGGGGGCCCAGCCCGAGGGGCAGGAGGAUCGCCAGAUGAGGCCACGUCGCCGCCAGAUGGUCGUGGGUCACACCAUCCGCAACCGCGAGGCUACCACGAAGGCUCCACCUCCGCUGACGCAGUUCAGCUCCGGACCAAGGUUCGAGAUGUACACCUCUAAUGCUAAGGAGAAGAUGUCGGAGCAGCGCAGCGAGCUGCGUCCGCAGACCAGUUGGCACCGCCCCAAGGCAGCCGUCGAGGACAAGCCGGAGGAUCUGCUGAUGGACGUUUCCCUGGUCCGGCCGGUGCGUCCGGAUAUCACGGUGGCCAGGGGCCUUCCGAAGUCCGAGGAGAACGCCGCCGAACCUGAAUCGUGGUACGAGCAGCCCAAGGCGGAACGCGAUUUCCUCAAGCAGGCCUUCCUCGGCGGGUCCAGGAGUCGCCGCAAGGCGGGGCAGCCGCGUUUGGAUGAGCUCCACUACGACGGGGCCGACAAUUCGGCCCAGAUAAGCGCCUCACAGCAGGUGAUCAACCAGAAGUACGCCGGCUACCGCAGGUCGGCGAGGGGGAAUCAGAAGCACAUGGUCCGCCAGAUCGUGGAGCAGGUGAAUCCGACGCCGCAGCUCAACAUGCGUCCGCGAGCCAUGUCGGAGCCCCGGGACACGCGCAGGAGGUGUGGCAUCGCCAGGCAGGGCGUCGAGCGACAGGCCGCGCCCCGUUUCUUCGGCGGAUAUGGCCAGGCAGCUGCCGGAGAGCGGCAGGAGAAUGAAGACGAGGACGACGCCAGGGAGGAGCCGAGUGCCUCUAGGUCCAACUGGCCGUCGCCCAAUCACUCGCUGCUUCAGAUGUCCUCGCGGAGUGACUCUCGCCUGGAAACGAACAGCAAGGCGCGCGGCAGGAGUGUUUUGGGCGAGAAGCGGGGGCCCAAGAAGCCGGUGGCCACAGAAGCCCCCGUGGAGCACGACAUCGGAAUGCCAACUGGAUACAGAAAGGAGUCGGCCGUGCAGCGCCUGGGAAGCGCUUCCGCCAAGCACAACAGCCGUGCCCUCAACAGCUACUAGUCCCGAGUCCCGAACCUCAAACCGCAACCUAAAUAGAGCCACGACCACCUCCCUGAACGUCCAAUCCAAUCCCAAUCCGCGUCCACACUUCUCCCAGCCCGACAAUAGUUGUACUAGCCAGACGAAAAUUUGCGCAUCGAGAUGUCAAAAUCCUUAGAAGUCAAACAAAUUGAGGCGUGACAAUCUCUUUGGCCAAUGUGUAGUAAUUUCAUCGUAGAACCAAGUAACUUCAAUAAAAUCGAUUACAGUUGUGUAAAUUGACAGGA